AUGAAUUUCAGUCUGUUUUCCACUCAAAGCCUUACAAACGACAGAAAUCAGCAUUGGAGCAGCAACUUUUCAAGUUCCUGGGUGCUCUCUACCCCCCCGAGGACUGUGACGUCAUGUACUGCACAAGACAUUGUUAAAUUUCUUAUUUCUAAGGAUAACUCAGGUAGAACUGUGGUUCACUUGCUCUCGUGCUCUAAAAGGGAUUGUGGUUGUCCGAAACGCUUAGCAGCGGGGUCAGUUGACUCCACUCUCGGUCGCUUGAGAGCUAUUUUCAAUAAGCUGGGGCACGCUAACGACUCCAACCCUGUUGCCCAUCCCCUAGUUAAGGAUUACUUCAAGUUUGUUAGGGAAGAGCAGGCAGCUUUGGCUAUUAUGCCUUCUCAAGCGGUCCCAUUAUUUUUCGGGAAAUUUCAGCGGUUAAUUGCUCAUCUCCCGGAUUUGUGCUCCAGCAGCCUAUCCCUUUCUAGCGUGGGUAAAUACAUCCUUGUAAGAGAUGCUACCUUUUUCAUUGUGGAUUUUUUCACCGGUGAUAGGGCUUCGGACCUCAACCUCCUUCAAUCUUGUAACGUGUUUCGGUUAAGAGACCGGGAGGGUUUUUUGCUUAGAUUUACCCUCACCAAG